AUGUCCCCUGCGCUGCUAGUUGCCUUUUCGGCCUUACUUUCCAUAAGCAUCGCUGACCUCUCAUCUGAAUAUGCCCAUCACGCGGUGUUGGAUCCUGCAGAACUAUUGAAACUGUAUUGGACAGUUGACUGGGACAAGGAGACCAUAUCGUUCGCUGUUGAGGCGGCGACUACUGGAUGGGUCGGGUUCGGUUUCUCUUCAGGUAACGGCAUGAUGGUCGGUAGUGAUGUGGUUAUCGGUUGGGUGAAGGAUUCCAAAGGAUAUCUCACGGUAGGUUAAAAAUAUGGAGAUGUUGAUUUUGAAGCACUUGAAGCACAUCAAAGCUCAAGGACAGUAAACUUUCACAUUCCUACUUCGUUAUGAAGAGCUUUUAAGGCCAUGCGUCCCCUAAUUACCAAAAAGCCAGUGUCACUUAUGAUUAAAAUUCUCGUACUCGCAGUUGUUGUUAUAAAAAUCUCCCAUAAAGUAGCUAAUUUGAACUUUGCCUAGUGCAGGUUCCCCUGCAGUCACUUAACACUUGAAAGCCGAAGGGGUCCGUUUGUGUGAGAAAAAUAAAUAUGGAUAAAUAGCAGGCUACACACUUUCAAAGUGUUAGGUUAGCCUAGAAGUACGCAAUAGCAGCUUUGGAAACAAAAUUUCUUGUCGUGAGAACACUUACAUAGCUUGGGUGAAAAAAGUUGUCGCACUACGUGAUAUAUUACCGUGGGUGUGUGGUUAGGGGCAAUACUCUCCUAAAUAAGGUACCUAAAUAAAGACGGACCGGCGAAUGGGCGUCAGAGACGUCCCUCACCCGUUCAGAGCUUCCUGAGAAUCCUGCCUAUGAUUGGACCUACACAUUUUUAAAGGUUUAUAUGAUUCAACAAUUGAAGCCUAGCUUGAACAGACGAUAUUAACUCCUAUGUUACGAAACUUUUCCCAUCGGGAGUUACUUAAGGAUAUGAAAUAUGCAAUUUACGGACGGUAUUUUCUUACCUUGAUGAUGACCUUGUAAAUAGUUCACUUAUUGCUGGUUUUCAGUGUCACGCCAUUCAAAAUAGAUCAAAAUAAAAAUCAAAACCAUUCGACAGAUAAAGUCCAGAAUCUGGGAAAUGAAAGGAGGUAAAUAUACAAAGACCCUCGCCAAGAUUUGGGUCGAAGGAGUAAUUCGUAUACCAGAUAUCCGAGGAACUAUUUUAUCCAAAUUUAUAGAGCUUUUUAUGGAGAUGCUAGCUAUGCUGGAGCUCAUCCGGAUGAGCUCCAACAUGGCGGACGGAAACCAACUGAAACAUCUGUUAGCGAGUUUGCUACAAAAGCGUGUUAACUCCUAGAGUAACUCAUAAACAUUAAAGUGAUACUUUUUCUAAUACUUGAACUGUUUAGAUAGCAAAAUUCCUCGAAAAAAGUCACUUUUUAACCCUAAAUGACAGCUCUCUCGGCCGUCAUGUAAAUGUUGCGUCACGCAAAAGCUGAGAAAUUCAAGCGUACUCUAUUACAAAACCAAGAAACCUUUUGAAGCGAAAAUUUGUUUGAAAAUUAGUUUUCAGCUGCUCUAAUACACCAUGAUAGUAAAAUCUCAGUGGGAUCGAUAGUUUUGUAGUUUGAAUUUUAGUGACGUCAUGUGAAAACCAACAACGAUUACCCAAUGAUUCUAACAAUUAGACAUGAGUGGAUGUCAGAAUAGCUUUAUAACACCUUUUUUUCGUCAUUAAGAGAACUUUGGUCUAAACUGCAGCUGUAAACUAUUGUGCAAACACAAUUUUCCCAAAUUUAGGUCAAUUAUUGAUUUAGAAAAGUAACUUAUCUUUAGCAUUGUGUUUAGGAUCGAUAUGCUGACGCAAAAUCGUUACCACCGAAGGACAGCGAACAAAACUACAUCUUAACUGGCUUCGAGGAGAUUGCCCAAACAACUGUGUUGAAAUUUAAGAGAAAGUUUGAUACAUGCGAUUCCAGGGACAGGAAGAUAAAGGUAAGGCAGUGAAAAAAAAAGAAUCAUACUUGAGCUUUGCUGGCUUUAUACCUUUCGCAGGUUUGAUGUGGCAUGGAUAAAAAAAACAAAUAUGUACUGCAAUGCUAAACUUGACCUCCCAUUUACUUCCUCUUUUCCGUGGAUGAUACUCGGAGAUGUUUGACAACGGCUCUAGUCUUGACAACUUUUUACGCCAUGAUAAGAUACGUCGUCCUAUCUUUGAUUUGCUCUCUUUAGACACUGUCUUAGAUUCUGUUUAUGGCCAUUAACCGAUGAUAUUAAUGCUCAACCUAAAUGUUAUUCUGCACCAACUUGUAUUUGUUGUAUCAUACCCUUCAUAAGAACCUGUUUAUCUCAAUUCCCAGACAGAGUAAUUAACCAGGCUGUAUUGUAUCCCACAGGAAGGCACCACAAAGGUGGUGUUUGCUUACCACACCGAGGAUCCCGAGACUGAAAACGAUUUUAAACAGCACACUUUCAGAGGGUCAAGAAGCAUAUUACUCCUCAACAACAUGGACAAGAAACAAGUCGACGAGACAGGAUGGAAGAGUUUUGUAGUUCAAAGUAAAAAUGUAAGAACAUACACUACGUAGACCUCCAAGAAUGUACUUGUUACAAUUAUGUUGUUUGAUUUGCACGCGAGAGAAAGAAAUUAUAGCGCUGAUAUCGAUGCCUUUGAUAAUGACCAUGGGUUAGUAAUUAUUAUAAAAGUUAUAAAUAAAUGAUAACUUCAAUAGACCAGUUAGCGAAACUCAUUGGCAAUGCUGCAAAAAGCUCAUUGAAAUCACUUAUCAAUCAGGAUUAUCUUCACAUUUACCGCUGCUAUCAUCCGGCGCCAAACUCUCCCUCUCUGGCUUUCAUUACAAUCAUCAAAAGUACCGCCAUCAUUACCGCCACCACCACCACCAUCAUCAUCAACAUCAUCAUCGUCGUCGUCGUCAUCAUCAUCAUCCUUAUCCUCGUCUUUUUUUAUGUGUAACACAUAUUUACUGCCAAGAAUGUAACUGUAAACAUUUCAAAGUUAUCACACGUUUACUCAAUCCAAAUUAAUGUACGAUUAUCUUACAGGUUACCAUUCCCAAGAAGCACACAACCUACUGGUGCUCACUGAUUAAGGCACCUAAGAUCACCUCGAAGCACCACAUAACCAAGGUAGAUGUUUUCAGUAAUCGAUUGGAACUUGCGUUCCAGCUCUUUUACACACAGGAGGAUAUUGAUUGCAGUAAGAACACUUACACUGAAUUUCCGUGAAACGAAGAGCGAUCAAUGCACGUGAGAUCAUUGUUUUAAGACUUGGAACGCAUUGUUUACUCGUAUCUCGUUCUGAUAAUAAACCGUAAAACAUUGCUCUAUAUAUGCUAUUACUCACUUGGCGUGAUCUUUGUACAAGUGCCAUUGUCAUAAAGUUCUGACGUGAUUCUUUCAUUCAUCUUCAUCGAGUAUCUUGACUAUCUUUUGUUUUUAUCUUUGCAGAUCGAGCCAUAUAUUCAAAAGGGAAAGGAAGGAUUCGUCCAUCAUUUUCUUGUAACGAGUGCCAUGGUGACUAUAAUGAGAGUCAUUACGGUUUUGGUGUUGAUUGUAAAGACAUCGCCAAUAUGCCAUUCCGCAAAUGUUUCUAUGGCAAAGUGUUAG